CAGUCGCCGGAGUCCGAGGACAACGGCCAUCCGGCCAGAGCCUAGCCGGUCGGGAGCGGGGAGCUUCUCUUUCUCGGCGCGGCCCCCGGUCGGCUGCUCCUUCUCUUGGCCGCCUUCUCCCCGCGCCGGAGGAGCUGCGAGAUGCUGCGCCUCUGACUCCCCUCCUCCCGCCCUGUCACCGAGAGGGGGGACUAGCGCUCGCCCACUCGCUGGAGGAGACGGCCCUGGACGCCCAGCCCAGCCGGCGAAACCAUGAGCUCCGGCCAGCAGCAGCCGCCGCCACCGCGGAGGGUCACCAACGUGGGGUCCCUGCUGCUCACCCCGCAGGAAAACGAGUCCCUCUUCACCUUCCUCGGCAAGAAAUGUGUGACUAUGUCUUCAGCAGUGGUACAGUUAUAUGUAGCAGAUCGGAACUGUAUGUGGUCAAAGAAGUGCAGUGGUGUUGCUUGUCUUGUUAAGGACAAUCCACAGAGAUCUUAUUUUUUAAGAAUAUUUGAUAUCAAGGAUGGGAAACUAUUGUGGGAACAAGAGCUAUACAAUAACUUUGUAUAUAAUAGUCCUAGAGGAUAUUUUCAUACCUUUGCUGGAGAUACGUGUCAAGUUGCUCUUAAUUUUGCCAAUGAAGAGGAAGCAAAAAAAUUCCGAAAAGCAGUUACAGACUUGUUGGGCCGGCGACAAAGGAAAUCUGAGAAAAGACGAGAUCCCCCAAAUGGUCCUAAUCUACCCAUGGCAACAGUCGACAUAAAAAAUCCAGAAAUCACAACGAAUAGAUUUUAUGGUCCACAAGUCAACAGUAUAUCCCAUACCAAAGAAAAGAAAAAAGGAAAAGGUAAAAAGAAGAGAUUAACCAAGGCAGAUAUUGGAACACCAAGCAAUUUCCAGCACAUUGGACAUGUUGGUUGGGAUCCGAAUACUGGCUUUGAUCUGAAUAAUUUGGAUCCAGAAUUGAAGAAUCUUUUUGAUAUGUGUGGAAUCUCAGAGGCACAACUUAAAGACAAAGAAACAUCAAAAGUUAUAUAUGACUUCAUUGAAAAAACAGGAGGUGUUGAAGCUGUUAAAAAUGAGCUACGAAGGCAAGCACCACCUCCUCCACCACCAUCUAGGGGAGGGCCGCCUCCUCCUCCCCCUCCUCCACAUAGCUCAGGCCCUCCUCCCCCUCCUGCCAGGGGAAGAGGUGCUCCUCCUCCACCACCUUCAAGAGCUCCCACAGCUGCACCUCCACCACCGCCUCCGUCCAGGCCAGGUGUAGGAGUCCCUCCACCACCGCCAAAUAGAAUAUACCCUCCUCCACCUCCAGCCUUUCCUUCCUCAGCACCUUCAGGGCCUCCACCACCGCCUCCACCUCUUUCGGUGGCAGGGUCGGUGGCACCACCCCCACCGCCUCCACCUCCGCCUCCACCAGGGCCACCACCUCCCCCUGGCCUUCCUUCUGAUGGUGACCAUCAAGUUCCAACUCCUGGAGGAAGCAAAGCAGCUCUUUUAGAUCAAAUUAGAGAGGGUGCUCAGCUAAAAAAAGUGGAACAGAACAGUCGACCAGUGUCCUGCUCCGGGAGGGAUGCACUUUUAGACCAGAUACGACAGGGUAUUCAGCUGAAAUCUGUAUCUGAUGGCCAAGAGUCUCUGCCACCGACACCUGCACCCACUUCAGGAAUUGUGGGUGCGUUAAUGGAAGUGAUGCAGAAAAGGAGCAAAGCCAUUCAUUCUUCAGAUGAAGAUGAAGAUGAAGAUGAUGAAGAAGAUUUUGAGGACGAUGAUGAAUGGGAAGACUGAUCUAUAUAUUAUAUAUAUAUUUUUAAGGUGAAAUACUAAACACUACUUUCUGUCUAUGGAUUCUGUAAAAUUAUCAUGUAAAUGUUCUACCAAUUUGCUGUAUAUUUUUGUUGCCUUUUUGCUUUUUUUUAUUAAUCUGUGCAAUACCUCAUUUAAUCUGUAAAGGUUUGUCAUAAUCCUCUACAAAGCUACUCCCUGUUAUUGUGUGCAAGUUUACACCAGGAUGCUCACUUAAUUUGUGAAUAUUUUUCAUUCCAUCAACAGAGGAGUUUAAAUAUUAUAUGUGAGACUGACAAAAACCUUAAUGUAAUUUAGUUAAUAAUGCCAGAAGGAAAACACUAUUUUCAUACCCUACUUUUCUGUACCUAAAUUUUCUUAUUAAAAUCUAGUAUAGCACUACCUUCUUUUUUAAGUGAUGCAGACCUUAGGUUAUUUAGCCCCUUCAUUUUGAACACAGUGCUACAUGAAUGUUGAAGCUGAUACAUUGCACAGUUCUCUAGACAUCACUACACUGAUGCAAUUUCUCAAAUUUUAGCAAUAUGCUCUACAUAAAAUCACUACAGAGAUGCUAGUCGGGGAAAUCAGUACACACCUCUCACAGCAAUAUUGCCUAUUAUGGUGCAGCAGUGGUGUUUGGAGGCUAGAAUCAUAAGGAGCCCUUACCUACCUGUACUUGACUGAGGUUAUUUUUAUGCUAUAGCAAAUGUGGCAGGCUCUUUUUGGCAAAAAUUUUAAGAAUACUUUUCGUAUUAUUCUGAGACAAAUGUUAUUUAAGUUGUUGGAGUUUGGGGGGUUUUGGGGGUAAUUUCAUUCUACAUGAACUGAAGGAUGCUAUACAUUAUGGUUACUUCAAUAUUUGGUGAAAUAUAUUAUAAAAAUCAGAACAUUAUAAAAUGAUGUGGAGUAUUUUUAUUUUGUAGUUUGUAUGGAUUGAGAUAUUCAGAAAUACCAACCAUAAAAAUCUAAUCUAGUUAGUAAACACUGUAAUGCUGAACCUAUUACGCUUUUUUUUUUAAAUUUUGAUAAUUUCUCAAGGUUUUUGUCAAAUUUCAGGUGAAGGGUUACAUUUUUCUUAAAAUCUUGGUAGUCCCAAUGUCACAUUUCUUGGUACACAUAACUGAAUGAUAGAUUUAAAAAAAAUAAAAUAAAACUUUGCAACCUGCA